UUAAGGGGGGGGGGAGUUGGCAUUUCUACAAAACUAAUCAAGGCUGCAGCGGGAUGUAAAUCGUUGCUCUGGUUUACAAAAGAGCGGAUUGUGAUGGCGGGGCUGAGGCUCAAUAAACAGCUUGUGUCUUGGCGGUUGUGAGCAGGUGUAAGCUACUGGAUACAUUCAAAGGCAAUUCUCAGUGUUAAUGAAACUUUGCUACGAUUUACGGGCUGGGAUUGCUGUACACCAUGCUAAGGUAAAGCCGCUGAAGAGAGGGGUGUUGAACAUGCUAAAGCGGCUGGACAAAAUCAGGUUCAGAGGUCAGAAGCGAGACGACUUCCUGGAUCUAGCAGAGUCCCCCAACGGAUCCGACAAUGAAUGUAGCGAUGACAUCCUGCUGAGGACGAGGCCUUCACUCAAGUCACAAGACACGGAAGAACUAGGAGACCCUGCGGGUUCGGGGGCUCUUAACAUGGCUGCAGCCUUUCAAGACUUCCAGAGGAGCGAGUCGGACCGGCUAAACGAGGUGAAGGGUCAUCUAGAGAUUGCCUUACUGGAGAAACACUUCCUACAAGAGGAGUUGAGGAAGCUACGAGAGGAAACCAAUGUGGAGAAGAUGAAGGAAGAGCUGGAGAGGGAGAGAGGGAAGAGGCUCGACCUCGAACUGAGGAUGAACGAGGUGCUAAAAUCCAGGUUGGAAGACUCGCCGCCACAGCCUGCCCGUAAACCCCCGUCUCCAACGCCUGCUGCCAAUGGCAAAGACGCAGACAAAGAGAAGCCGCCGCAGGGGGAGACCCUGUACUUGCGGGCGUGGAGGUGGCUCUAUGACAGGUUGGGGGUCUACAUCGAAGACUUCCGCUUCGUCCCGGAGGAGAACACUGUGGAGGCUGAGGAACCGCUAAGCGCUAAAAGGCUAACAGAAAACAUGAGGCGACUCAAGCGAGGAGCCAGACCUGUCACUAACUUCAUGAGGAACCUCUCAGCCUUAUCCAACUGGCACUCCGUGUACACCUCAGCUAUUUCCUUCAUAAUCUACAUGAAUGCUGCGUGGCAUGGCUGGGCCAUCCCCAUGCUCCUCUUCUUGGCCAUCCUGAGGCUCUCCUUGAAUUACCUCAUUGCUAAAGGUUGGAGGAUUCAGUGGAGCAUUGUGCCGGACAUUACGGAUCCUAUAGAACCGUCAAAGGAUGAUUUGACUGUGUCUGAAAAGUUCCAGUUAGUGCUUGAUGUUGCACAAAAAGCCCAGAACCUUUUUGGUAAGAUGGCGGAUGUUUUGGAGAAAAUAAAAAACCUAUUCAUGUGGGUGCAGCCUGAGAUCACUCAGAAGCUCUACAUCAGCCUGUGGGUUACCUUUCUCUCCUCCUGCAUACUGCCCUAUAAACUCGUGGGCUUCAUGAUUGGGCUGUAUGCAGGGAUCAAGUUCUUCAUCAUAGACUUCUUGUUUAAGAGCUGUCCCAAGCUGAGGGACAAAUAUGACACCCCUCACAUUGACUGGAACAACCUACCAACUGAUCCACAGUUGAAGGAGAGGACCAACGCUACAAUGUCUCGACGGCUGUCUGGGUCUGAGAAGAUUCAGCCUGUGGUGGCUAGAGGUAGCCUAGCAACCGUCCCGUGCGGUGUAAACCUGGAUGCUGACAGCGCCAGGAUUCAUAGCACCAAGAAGGGAGCCUUUCAUGAGAUCUUCAACGUCUCAGAGAAUGAGCGCCCUCUACCAGUGUGUGAGAAUGGGUGGAGGUGCUGCCUCAUCAACAGAGACCGGAAGAUGCCAACGGACUACAUACGAAACGGCAUGCUCUAUGUUACAGAGAAUUAUCUGUGCUUCGAGAGCUCCAGUUCCAAAUCGGCCUCCUCCAAGAAGAAUAAGGUCAUUAAGCUGGCGGACAUCACAGAUAUCCAGAAGUACAAAGUGCUGUCUGUCUUACCUGGGUCAGGAAUGGGAAUCUCCAUAGCCACUCCCUCCACACAGAAGCCUCUGGUGUUUGGUGCCAUGAUCCAUCGAGACGAGGCCUUCGAGGCGAUCUUCACCCAGUACAUGAAGAUCACAACCACCUCCAGACAACCCUUGGGCAGCCCUGAGCUGUAGCCCUGCUAUCCCCAUGGAAAGAGGCCUGGGCAGGGGUCGGGGCUGGGCCACCUACCCCUGAACCCUCCCUGGCUAGAGAAAAGACAAUUGGGGGAAGUGAUGGGACACACCUCUUCUCCUCCCUCUCUUAUUUACAGUGACUGGACAGUCUUCUUCUAUGACUGAGAGGUGUCUGGUGUGCGCGCUCGCCCCUCUGUCUGGUGUGCGCGCUCGCCCCUCUGUCUGGUGUGUGCGCUCGCCCCUCUGUCUGGUGUGUGCGCUCGCCCCUCUGUCUGGUGUGUGUGCGCUCGCCCCUCUGUCUGGUGUGUGUGUGGAGGUGGGACUUAUAGUCCAAUAGGGAUGGUGAACACAUUCCAACACUGUAGGAAGAAGGAUGGGGGGGGGUCAUUAUUUUUAACACAGACUUCUCAUCAUAGGGGAAGGAGCUGGCUCUCCUGCCUGCCUGCCAGCUUUCAUUUGCUUCAGAGAGAUGUGUGUGUGAGCUGCCAAGACAUCGUGCGUCUCUGCUCACCUGUCUUCUCUCUUUCUCGUGAAGUCUUGAGUCAGUGUUGCUGUUACUGCUGGUCUUGCACGGAACCGUACGGUAGCUAGAUGUUUGUGUAGAAAACAAAACGCUGUGAACAUCGAGCUAGCAUCGGAAACAACGUUCAACGCGACAAGAAGCCUUUUCCAUCCGUUUACAUCGUUGCUGUAGAUUUUCCUUGGGGACACUCGCGCACAUUUCAGCAACAAACCGUCUGCUUUCAGCUGUCUGUUUGCAUAUGACGUGUAUAUGUGUGUUGUACGUUCAACACUCACGACUGAACCGUACUGUGGGUCACGCACAGCGGUGGGGACCUUGGCGAUGAUGUUCGUUGUGAAACGUUUUCAAAUGCCUUUCUUUUGAAUUCCGCUUAUUUUUCUAAUAACCAACUUAGUUAAAGGCAGGUCUUGGAUCUGUGGAUUGUGUUCUAAAACUAAAGCACACGUCAUAGCAGACCUAAACCCUGAAUAAUGUGUCGAAACUGAAGGUACGUAGUUUAAAUGUAACAUUGCUGGUUCAGUGAACUACACUUGUGUGCUGAGUAACCCCGAGGCCUAAAAGAUGAGUUAAUGCCUUGGCUUUAGCCUAGUAGACUAACACAUCCUUAAGGUGCGUACUGUAGGUCACACAAACAUACUAAUGAUUUUUGCAGUGUCUCAAGGCCCAGUACCUGUUACUUCAGUAUUUAGUGACAUGUUACGGUAUAGUAAUACUAUGGUAGUUAACGGUAAUACCACUAAUACCAAUCUGUAGUAUUAAACACUGGAGUGUUCAGAUGUGUACAAUGUGCUGUCCUGUUCAGGAGUAAAUUUGAACUUGGUUAACUUGACUAGUAACUAGUUAAUUCGUCCGGGAGUUUGUCAGUAUUUCAAUGCAAGUCGAGGCAGUCAACUGGCUUGGUUCCGUAGUAUUCAUUCACAGCAGGAUGAAGAAGUAGUUUGAACGGAAUAUUUCAAUGUCACUUUAUCAUUGUCACCGGUGUGGGUUUAAAAGCUGGUCUUUUAUUUCUCAGAUAGGUUUGAUAUGUAGAAUUGUCAUGAAUGCCAAACCCAGUGGAUGUGGGACACCUUUCUGUGUUUUGUAAAAUGGCUGGAAGAGUUAUUGUGGACAUCUGGGCAUAUUUCUGGUCUAUCGUUUGCUUCGAAUCAGAGCGUAGAUUAAACUAUGCUCUCAGAUCCUUUUUUUUUUUGCCUCUCAGCACAACAAGCUAGUCCCCUAAAAAGCAUUCAUCUUCCCACACUGUUAACAAGCCCGUAUGAACUGUGUCAGUUAUUGUCUUAUGACUGGGUGUGAAAUGUCAUUUCUCUAGGUUGUCUAAGGAACUCAUGCUGUCAGCGUGUUGAUUUGAAUGGUUGUCUGACUUUACAUUACUGUAGUCUUAAUGCUUACCUGGAACUUAGUCGAGUAGUAACCACGAACUUUGAAAUCAGGGUCUGUCCUAAAAGAAGCACACAGAAUGUAUUGUGUUACUGCUGUAAAACUCUUAUUUUCUGUCGUUGCCAAAACGUUAUUAUUCUUCUUCUCUUUACUGCUGCUUUUCCUGCUGCCAUGUUCUGCCAACACCUACAUGUUUACUGAAGGUUAAAAGACACAAUUCAUUUCUUGGUUUUUUUCUUUUUGUGGAAUGCCGGUUUGAGCUCCUUGCCACAGGUGGAGUCAUGAAGACUGGACAGAUAUCUUCCUCUUGCGUUUUUGAGUUAGUGUGUCAACUGUCUGCUUUUUAAAAAAAUCUGCUCAGACUGGUCUCAGGACAACCUCUGCUGCUCAGCGUCAUCCCAACGGCAAACGUAACCCUGAUCCCUGAUCUGUUUUAUAAUACUUUAAUAGCUAAAGCUAAAGUUUAGCUGUUCUGUUGAGAUUGUUGUCAUUAGCAUAUACUGUGUACAUGUACUGAGUAGCAUGGUGAUGACAGUCCAAGGAGUUGGAUCAUGCAGCUAGUGACAGACCUGGGACCAGGCUAACAGUAGGUAGACGGUGACAGCCGAGAACAUUCUAGACAGAUUAUAUUCACGCUGCAACAAAGAAAUGUCAGUGAUCGUUCAUAGGGUAGUGCUGUGCGGUACAUGGUACAAUCAUGAUAAUCUUUUAGCUGUUUUUGGAUCACUCACAGGCCUUCCUUACAGGCAGCAGAGGUCAUCAUGGUGACUCGGAGAGCUCCUGUUCACUGGUUUCUAUUGGUCUCCUUCUGUGCGUCUCAUUGUGUUAACCAAGUAUUAGUUAAAUGUAAACAUUAGUCAAUUACUUCAUGAUAUUCCCGUACAGUAUAUCACUGCGAAGUUCAAUAUACUGCAAUCAUCUGACAGUUGUGGGUAAUUAUGUCAUCUGUGUGUCCGAGGACUAAAAUGACGAAAGAGGAAUUUAUAUACAAUAACGUAAUCCUUUGCGUUUUUAAAGAAGACAAUGUCUAUUGUAAAAUAUGUGAUGUACAUUUUUUUAUUUAAAUAAAAUGAAGUAUUUCCCA